AGCAUAAUACUGGGAAAAGCGUAAAACUCGAAGAAAUAAUUGCUGCAGGCCGUGGAGUCGGCGAAAACCUGAUACACGCUGGAAUAUGCCCUUGGAACGGAAAAAAUUCAGUAAAAUGAAACCAGCCUUUCAUUGCAAACUAAUGAAGAUUACGAGAAAAUUUGAAACUUUGUUCAGGUAAUGUCGUUUCCGGACGGUUACGAUCCUACUGAAAUGCAAAAGAAAGAAAAAAACACACUGACUACAUUCAUACACUGACCCAGGAAGAACCAAAAUGGAUGACGUUCCAUUUAUUUUACGAUUUCGUGAAUAAAACUCAAGUCUGUAAUAGAGAUGGAUUUUUAGCAACAUUUCUUAUAGGAGGAAUAUAGCCGGAAGAAAGAAGAACUAGAAAAGAGGGAUUCAUUUAUGGAGCCAUUGUCUCCAGGACCCUGCCUUGAUAUUAGUGAUGAUGAACUUGUCACAAUAUCGGUACGCGACUUGAAUCGUCAACUUAAACUUCGUGGAUUGACAAGAGAAGAGAUUGUGCGCAUGAAGCAGCGGAGAAGAACAUUGAAAAACCGUGGAUAUGCAGCGAGUUGCCGUAUUAAACGUAUCGAACAGAAGGAUGAGCUUGAGUCCGAGAAAAGCCAAGAGUACCGGGACAUGGAAGCGAUGCAAGAAGAUAAUGAGAGAAUGAGGGAAGAAGUUGAAUCUUGGCGUGCUAAGUAUAAUGCACUAAAAAAAUUUGCUAUUGAAAAAAAAAUUUACAUUCCACCAGAACUAGAGACCAUGUAAACAAAAGUUUUGUACUACAUCUUUGUGAUAUAACAUUUAUUUUGUUUAAGUAUAUCAUUUCCCGCACCAGCAUUCCACUUAAUCAGUGCUACAAUGGCCUUUAUUAUAUUUAUUAAUGAAAUGUCAAGAGUUAUGAUUGCAAAAUCACUGUACUUAUAAUUUAGUUGAUUCAAUUGGAUAUGUGCAACAUGAAAGCUGGAAUCUUUAGAUAAUGAUGGUGUUUUAAAGGAAUUCUUAUAGGAAAUAAAAUUUUGUAUUAACGAAAGUAUUCUAUCUAUUGAAUAGUAGAUGAUGAAGCAAAGAGACUAACUAGGUCUUUUUACGCUGAGCGCAAGUUUAUGAUAUGAGUCAUCAACGAGUGUGUGCAUGAGCCAGAGACGAAUAUUGCAAUUACGUGAGGCGAAAAAGAUUGCGUCUCUGGUGCACACGAUACUUUAUGUCACAACCUCAUGGUUUGCAAGUUUUGUUUUAUUGUGCAGUACAAAAAAAGGACACUUUAGUACUAGGGCGUAAAAAUAAAAAGUUUUAUACUGUGAUGUUCUUUUUUUAUACUAUUGCAAAACCGAUUACUUUACGUAUAAAAAAGGUGCGUAAGCCAUAAUUGCGUUAUACAAAAAUAAGUAUGUAAAAUUCAAAAUUUUGUGAUACCUCAUCUCUUGGAGUUAGAUAUAGUCGAAGUGAUAACAGUUUCCAUGGAUUUUUUAUCUUACAAAUAUAUGUAUAACGUUUGAAAUCUACAAAAACAAUUUUUUAAUAUUUUUUUCCAAUUCAUGAAACUCGAUUCUUUAUUUCAAUUUAAAUUUUUAUUUACAAAAUAGACAGCCAACAUCUGUUUUCAUCUAACUCAUAGAUAAUUUUUGAAUAAUCGAGUUUAGCUAGGAUUUUUUAAUUUGAGCAACUGUUGAUUCGAUUCCAUGCAACUGAUUUUACUUUGUACUUAAUUACGCAUGGCAAUAUAACACGCACCCUGAUUUUCAUGAUCAUACUUUAAGUGCCGAAUCAAUACCUAAAACAAAUAUGUAUUGUAACUUGUCACAAUUGUUUUUUAAAAACAUAUUUGGACCUUAGCAGUAUCCUUUUGCAUGAUUGACAUUUAGAAUUCUUCCUCUGUUGGUAGUAAGGGCAGAAUGAAAACCCGAUCGAGUAACAAACAAAUUUGAUCUCGAAAUCCUUGUUUUAAAUUAUGUAAACACACGUUAUAAGCCAAGAGAUAAAUGGAAAAGCAUUAGCCAAUUGUAUAAUUUAAAAUAAUGUUCUAUCUCAACUUCAAAAUAUAUAUAACUAUCAUAUUUACACUUAAA